UUUUUUUUUAAUUUCUUUUUAUAAUAUUUAUAAAUAAGUUAGAAAAAAAUGGAUAGUAAAGCUUCUAAACAUGCUGUUGAUGGAAAUGUUGAUAGUAGUAGCUUUGAACAGCCUUUACCAUCAAGUUCUUCCCAGAGUGUGACGGCUGUAAUGCCUGUAGAACAAGAAUCAGAAUAUUAUAAUAUGAAUCAUCCAAAUCGUGGAAUAGCAUUAAUUUUUAAUCAUGAAACAUUUAUUGUGGGUAAUUUCAAUAAGCGAACUGGUACAGAUGUUGAUUGUAGAAAUUUAAAUGAACAAUUGAUAAGUUUGGGCUUCAAUGUAAAAAUAUUUAAAGAUUACAAAUAUAAUGAUUUAAUUGAAGCUGUUGAUGAAGUUGUAGAAUUAGAUCAUUCGAAUAACGAUUGUUUCUUAAUGGCAAUUCUAACGCAUGGUGGUGAUUCAGACAUAUUAUACGCGAACGAUCGUCAAUAUAAAUUAGAUGAACUUUGGUCAAAAUUUACUGCAGAUCGGUGUCCAACAUUAGCGGGAAAACCCAAAUUAUUUCUUGUUCAAGCUUGUCGAGGAGAAAAAUUUGAUUCCGGCAUUACAAUGAGACGCUCGCGUAUUCAAGUUGAUGGUGAACCAAUGCAAUCAUACCGAAUACCUAUAUAUGCAGAUUUUUUAAUUGCAUAUUCUACUGUGGCAGGUUAUUAUUCGUUUCGGGAUACUGAAGAUGGUUCCUGGUUUAUGGAAGCAUUGUGUGAUGAAUUAAAAACCAAUGGCAAAAUACUAGACUUUCAAAGAAUUCUAACACGUGUAUCCCGUCGUGUUGCUACUGAUUACGAAAUUAAUGAUUCUCACUUUAUUGGUUUCGACAAACUGAAGCAAAUGCCAUCUAUCACAACUAUGCUAACACGUCUAAUUCUUUUUUCAGAUAAACAAUAGUUUUUUUUUUAAUUGCAAGGACUACAUUUUUAAUUAUCGUGUCUGCUCAUACGCUAACGACUACUAUUGGGAAAAUUAUUUUGGCUAGCUUAGAAUACAGCUAAGAUAUAGCAGACUCAAAUAGGAUUUCGGCAGACGUUUAAUAAAUAGAA